CAAGCGAGCGGCUGUUGACACAGCUUUAUGAUGUGGGCGAAGUAACGGUCUGUGGUCAUUCUGUUUUGGACUGCUUCUAAAAAAAAAACAGUUAUCUUUCUUUUUACUACCGUUUUUGCGUGGGCUCUCUUCCACGAGUUCAAUUCUUGGUUAUCUUUUCGUGUAACGCGAGGUUUUGGGCGGUGGGGAGGCUUUGCUACUCCCUUAGCUAGCAGCGAGCGGAUCAGCUGCCGAGCGGGCGACACUUCACCGCUUCCACGGGAAGAGAGGGAGACGCUUCCGGUGUGCGGAUAAUAAUGCAGUGAUUACAUACGUGGCUCGCUGUCGACUCGAUAUUAGCCGUUAGCCCCUUAACUUUUAGUUUGGACUCCCGGGGGUUCACCAGUCAGCUGGAGAUGAAGAGCUAAAUUGAUGCUUGGAUUCAAACGUCUACAAAGGAGAUGAGUCAGCUUUGGUGGCGAGCCAAGCGCCUGUCGGAGAGGUUGGGAAGCGACUCUCCCGAUGGCCUUCCUCCGGGCAUCCCGAGCACCGUGGCCCCUCAGGGGUCCAACUCCUCCUGGGCUCCCAUCCCCCUGGUGUUCAGGCCGGAGGAGACGUUCUUCCUCAUGACGUCCACUGCCCAGACUAUCUCCGGGUUCUUCGUCUGGACGGCGCUUCUCAUCACGUGUCACCAGAUCUACAUGCACCUCCGUUACUACAGCUCUCCAAACGAGCAGAGACACAUAGUCAGGAUCCUGUUCAUCGUCCCCAUCUACGCCUUCGACUCCUGGCUCAGCCUGCUUUUCUUCACCAACGAGGAGUAUUACGUGUACUUCGACACAGUCAGAGACUGCUAUGAAGCGUUUGUCAUCUACAACUUCCUGAGUUUGUGUUAUGAAUAUCUGGGAGGAGAGAGUGCCAUCAUGGCCGAAAUCAGAGGGAAACCCAUCGAGUCAAGCUGCAUGUACGGGACCUGCUGUCUGUGGGGAAAGGCCUACUCCAUUGGUUUCCUCAGGUUUUGCAAGCAGGCCACUCUCCAGUUCUGCGUGGUCAAACCUCUGAUGGCGGUCAUCACCGUCAUUCUUCAGGCCUUCGGGAAAUACAAAGACGGAGACUUCAACGUUGCCAGCGGCUACCUGUACGUCACCAUCAUCUACAACAUCUCCGUCAGCCUGUCGCUCUACGCGCUCUUCCUCUUCUACUUCGCGACGCGCGAGCUGCUCGUCCCCUACAGCCCCGUGCUCAAGUUCUUCAUGGUGAAGUCGGUCAUCUUCCUCUCCUUCUGGCAGGGCAUGCUGCUGGCCAUCCUGGAGAAAUGCGGCGCCAUCCCUCGGAUCAACUCCGCCGACUUCUCCGUGGGGGAGGGAACGGUCGCCGCCGGCUACCAGAACUUCAUCAUCUGCAUCGAGAUGUUCUUCGCCGCCGUGGCCCUGCGCCACGCCUUCACCUACAAGGUCUACAUGGACAAGAGGCUGGACUCGUACGGCUCAUUUCCCAUCUAUGGACAAUACGGCCGCGGCGCUCCGAUGAAGAGCAUCUCCAGCAGCCUGAAGGAGACCAUGAACCCGGGCGACAUGGUCCAGGACGCCAUCCACAACUUCUCCCCGGCCUACCAGCAGUACACCCAGCAGGCCACGCUGGAGCGCGGCGGCGGGCCGUCCCUGUCCCGCAGCCACAGCAACCUCAGCGCCCGCGGCGACAACGAGAAAACCCUCCUGCUGAGCUCCGACGACGAGUUCUGACCUCCGACCUCCUGACGUCUUACUUAAGCCUUAACUUUCAGCGGUGUUUUUUUUUUUUUUCGUUUUGUUUUGUUGUUUUUUUUUUUUUUUUAGUUUUCGUUCGGGACGAGAACGACGGCUCUGGUCGGAAACCGUGGCGGCCGGAGGCGUCACAGACGGACCGCCAGAGGCUUUUUGAAGGCCGGCUCGUUACUCGUGGUGAUGUCGUAUAGCAGCUGUGGUUGUCACGGUUACAGAUGCUAGCUAAACGUCUGCAUACAUCAGAAUAUGGGUUAGUACUAAAUAACUGCGCCUGCUUACAGCGUCUGGUUAAUGCACUUUAGAUGGUACAGCAGAGAAAAGAAGUGCCAUCUUCAUCUAAGACACACAACUUUCUUAGUUUUUUUGUUUUUGUUGGUUUCUUUUCUGAACAUUGCCAAAAAAAAGAGAGAUCUGAGCUCCACUAGUUUUUAAGCAUAGAGUUGCUUUACAGAGAAAGGUACGGAGAUUCAAUCUGCUGGCUUUAGGUGUGUUCUUUUUUACUGUUAUAAAUAAAUUUAUAUGUCAUGCUGUGCACAACGCAUCAUUAACACACUAUUUGGGAAAUGUCUGUCAGAUAUAUUGUGCAUAUACUCUGUACUUUACUGUAGGUUGGUUUGAUGAGACGCAGCGACAGUGAACCCAGCUGUCCGCCCAGACAGGACAGCUGCAGGAGAGAUUGUUUUGUUUUGAUUGGCCGGGGGAGAAGAGGGGGGAGGGGAGGGGGAGUACGACGCCCACGCAGAUUACAGAUUACCCAAGAAGCCACGCUUCCUGCUGAGCUGCCCCAGCUGUGACAUGCUGGACUCUAAUCUUAUGAUUGAUGCCGUCAAGUUCAGCGCAGAGCCUGCUGCCCCCUGGUGGUUCCCACACGUUACUGCAUCUCCGUAACUCUUGGAUAAGGAAAGGCUUUAACUUUCAUGGAGUUGAUGAUCACGACAACACGUGGAUUUAUAUUUGUUGUUGUUGUUGGAAGGUGUUAAGAGAAAUGUGUUUCAGCAGGAAAAUCGUGAUUUCUGGUGUUUUUGCUGACCUCUGCUGGCUUUAACGACCUUUCUCCAGAACAUGAUGAGAACCAUUUCAGCCAUUAGGUGUUUGUCAAGCCUUAUGUUUAUGAAUGCAUAAUCCAGUCAUAUUUUAGGUAUAAAAUUAUUGCAGACAAAAACAAGGUACCUCAUAGUGCAGCUCAUAUGAAUGAAUAGUUUCAGUGAAGUUGGAAAUUUUGAUGAGAACUUUUAUUAUUUUCGGGGAUGUCCUGAUCCAAUGCAAAGUUUUGCAUUUUUAAUUUGAGACUGAACUAAACCCAACUACAGUACUUGUUAUUUUCCUGAGUGAUUAAUAUUCACAGCCUCUGCUCAUGUUGCCAGUUUGCAAAAUGGGAUCAGUGGAAGUGACGGGUUUCCCUCACAAAUGUUUACAGUAAUAUUCGCAGUAGCUGCGUUUCCAUUGACCAUAUAAUUGCACAAUUUGGAAUCACGAAAAGAAAUGUGCUUAAUAGUGAAUUUUCAAAUUUCGGAAAUCGUUACAUUUUUUUAAAAAAAAUUAGAGUAUUUCGCAAAAGUGCAAUAGAAACACUAAUUCCGAAUCUCAGGAAACAGCCGGACGUUACUACUGGCAGAAAAGACGAAGGAGACGACAGGAAGUGGUAAGUGGAUUGUGGCGCAUUUGUGGUGAACAAACGUAUUUAGGUGUGAUUUUAAUUACGUUUCUUGUCUAACGGAAAAUCCGCAAUUGCAAAAGUGCUUUUUUUUUUUCUUUUCUUUUUUUCGAAAUUAGCAGAAAACAAAAGUUUUGCACAUUUGUAAUGCAGUUUCAUGUCUCGGCACUAAUCUUUAGGGAUGAGAUCAAAUAUAUGUCAUUAUCCAGAAAAAAAGGAUAAUAUAGCAUUUGAAACCACUGGGAGCUAAUUGUGAUAAAAUAACUCCAAUCUGUAUUGGAGACCCCCAAAAAGUGUCCUGAUCAGGACGUCCCUGUUAUUUUAAUUUUUUAUGCCACAGAAUAUAAUUUUUGCUUCUGCAGUUUUGUGUUGACUGCAACUAUAUUUCUUAAGGCUAUGGUGUGUGUGAACGCAUUGCUUGUGUAUCCUGUUAAGUCUUCAGUCAAACUCACUCCAGCAGUCAGUUAAUAUUUUAUCUGGCUGUAGAAUCUUGAUUUAAAACACUAAAAAAUGUAUUUUUUUUAAAUGUAUGUAAUAAGACUGUCACAAAGCUGGGAGCUUCAUUAGUUGCAUAUAUAAAUCACUGCGAUUCUUGUAGGGAAUGAAUGAGUGAGUGAGGAAUUGCUCAAUACUGUCCUGUUUGAAUAUUCUAGCGUCGAGUUGUUUCACUUUUAUAUUUGGUGACUUUUUUUUGGUUACAAAGAACUUUUGAAUAUGUAUAUUGGUUAUUUGUUUCGUUGACUUCAGUUGGUGUUGGAUCGCAAAUAAAGGAAAUGCGGGGAAAUAAUUCUGUCUUUCCUAACGUAUUUUUCAACCGCAGACAAUCAUUUCAACAAUCUGUGACAUGAUGUCGCUUUUCCUCCACCUUUCCAACAUGUUGGGCAACAUUCAGCCAAUCAGGUUUGGCUCAUUCAUCAUCACCAGCGUUCAGUUUAGCAGAAACAAGAUGUGGUGAGUCGUUUUAGGGCCACUUUAGACCCAGCUGCAAUAACAGUUCACAGUCUAUUGAGUUAACUGUGUCUCUACUCAACACUAAUGCACAAAAGGUGAUGUCAACUCUUCACUUUUUUUUUCUGAAAUCCAAACAUCAACCAUCAAGAACAAAAAAAAAAAAAAGUUCACAAUUGCCCAACAUUUCCAGUAAAAAAAAAAUCACCUUAAACAGCUUUUGUCAGACGUAUCUCAAUUGUUACGUUAACAUAAGAGAAAUAAGCCUCCUAAUAAUAAAUUACCUGUAUAUCUGUC